AUCUCCAAGACAAUCCGUAAUUAGUUGCGUUGAACAUAAUUUAUUUAUAUCGUUUGUAAGGACGCAAUCUUACGAUCAUUUUCAGCUGCUUCAAGAAAUCAAUGUUUAUUCCUUCCCCACUGUGCUAUUGUGGCCUUCGAUUUCAACGUCAGAAUGCGAGCGCCACUAGUCUUGUAACUGUUCGCUGGAAAGAAUCAUGCUGGGUCAUUCUUCGCUGAUUUGCCUCGGAAUGUUUGACAAAUGAACUUGAGGUUGUUCUUGUAGUAAUGGAAAAAAGCCAAACAAGUAAUGGAUAAUUAUGGUGUAACUCAGCUUUACAGAAGGAUCAUCUCACCCUCAGUUAAAGUACAAAAUGAAGAAUGGCAGAAGCAGACACACUAUCGACACACAAACUACAAGAGCCAAUCACCAGUCAACAGGCUCAAGAUGGCAAGUCCUGUACAUAGCGUGGUGUCUGCACCUGGACACUUAGAAGCUCGUGACCUCUCCCUCCAGCCUUUGAGUGGCAAUAAUUCUGUUGAAUCUGAGAAAUCUUCAACAAGGAGUGAAUAUGCAAGAUAUAGUUUUCAGCCUACUGUGAAGUUCAAGACAACUUCUCUUCCAUCCAUGCCACUGAGCAGAAAAUACUCGCCCUCUCCCAUCGGGACUACAAGAUCAGUUCCAAUCUCCUACAGCAAUCACAUGGGUGUACCAUCAAGAUUUUGGACGAAUGAAAAUCCUAGAAUAUUAUACAGCAGACAGAGAGACAGAUUAAAGGCAGAGGAACAAGCAAAGGAGCAUUGCCGCAAACUAAAAAGAACCUCAGAGAUUCUUCAUCACAGAGUUGACAAACAGUAUUAUAUGGCUGGAAACAAAAUUCCAUUACAGGGAAGGUAUGAUGUGGAUAACACAGAUCUGUUGACGUUGAGGCUUCUAGCAGAGCAGAAACAGUUAGUUAACUACAAUGAGGCAAAAAAUGCAAACUUUCCAAGCAGUAAUCCCCGAGAUAGCCCGGGUGGUCAGUUGACCUCGCCUGUGCCUGGCAGUGGAACCAGAGAAGCCAGCUCUGCUGCAUUUUCAUCUGCUACCGAUUUUGAGAGUCCGGAUCACGAUGGCAAAUGGGCAGAGGAGGAAUCAGAUGCGAGUUCGGUGGACGAGUUUGACAGCGUAUCAAACAAAGGAACUAGACGACAAGACUUCGAAGCACGGAAAGCUCUUGCACUCGAGGAAAGGAAAUCACAACAAGAAAGUGAUUCCGUUAAAGGAAGAUUAACGAAGAGUGCCAGCGAUGGAGAGAGUAAAAAGACGCAUGCUGUAAAGGCAAAGACGAGCUCCUCUGCAAAGGGAGUCAAAAAGGGAAAAAUACGAUUUAAGGACGGGGGAAAGAGCCCUGACGAUCAAAAACCGGGUACAGAGAGGAAGAAAAUGGCAAAGAAAGGGAAGGAAGUGGAAACGAACGAGGACAAGAAAGAAGAUGAGAGUGAUGUUAGUGAACCUAAAGAGGAAAAGAGAAAUAAAUAUUUAGAUGAAUGGCUUGGGAUAAAAAGGGAAGAGGAAGAUCCACGAUACAGGCCCGGAAAACCUCCGCCAAACAGGAUUUUUAUGUCUGCGAACACUGGAAGUACGAAGAAGGGAACACGGAAGUUUUCGUCAACAUUUUUAACAGAGAUAACGGAAGCCAAGGCAUGGGAAGACGAAGAAUUCUUGACACCCGAUGCGCGAUACGGUAUUAUAAAUGAUCAACAAAAACACGUGUUUGGAUUGUUAUUUGAUGAAGUAGACAAGGACAAAAAUGGCAGCGUCACUCUACAAGAACUCAAGCUAAGGAUGCAACCUGCUGUUUCUCGACACGAUAUCAAACACUUUGUGCAGGUGUUUGAUUUAAACAAGGACGAGACCAUCGACAAGAGAGAAUUUACAGCUAUCUGCGCCCUGAAUGAUCGAAUUGCUGGAAUCAAAACUGAAUCAGAAGAUGCCUCUUUGUCUUUGGAUCUGGAAAAUUUGGCUCAACACAUUGUCAUAUUCAAGGAAAUGUUCAAAACAAUCGAUGAAGAUGACGACAACAGACUCGAUGCUGGAGAACUGCUAGUCAUGGUAUCUGCUGCCAUGGAAACGGAAAUAGGGGCGGACCUUCAGACAGCCAAGGAAGUGCUUGAAGGAGCACGUGAUGAGUUUGGAUUUAUCGAUUUUAUUGGUUUCAUGUCGUACAUACCGUUCUUUGCGAAGCUAAUUCGAACCAUUCUGGACCAUCCGCUGACCAUUUCUGAACUAGAGCGGGCUCGAGAACGAGUCAAACAGCACGACCUCACUUUCAAGCCCAAGAAAAAAGCCAAAGAACCGAAAAGUUGGGAAGUGUUUUAGAUGUUUGAAUACUUGCGUUUAUUUUUAUAUUCAUUUAUCUUGUACUUAAGGUAAUUGGCUUAUAGUUAGGCUGCGAAUACACCCGCCUUCCAUCGCUCCGGGCCCAAGCAGUAGUCUAGUCUCUGAAUUAUUCCUUUCCCGCCCAAUAUAUAGAGGUAGAACCUACAAUCGUGAAUAAAAGUCCUUGGGACACUUAACGAAUUGUAUGUGUUUUACUACUGAAGUUUGAAAAAAGUGCUGUGUUCCUGUUUUCCGCGUUACUGUUCCUCCUCCCCACCCCACACAAUGUUGAAAGUCAGAAGAAACUGCAGGUAGUAAUUUUCAACAUUGUUUGAGGGGUGGGGACGAGGUUAGGCAGGUGAAGUUGUAUUCGCGUCUGGCGUGUGCGCAAA